AGGUGGAUUCAGAGCAAGGAAGGUGCAGGAAUCAGUCGUCCCAAACAACAGUUGAGAGGUGAGGUGCAUUCUCGCAUAAACUGUGUGGUUAGACUUACGAUAUUCAGUUUAUUUAGUAACCAUCUUAACUAGUGUCAAAUUCCAGUGCCGUAAGACUUAAUGCAUAGCUAAAUCUGACUAGUUUAUGUGAGAAAGACUUGGUGAUGAAAGAAGUGAUGGCUGCUGCACAUAAAGUCGUAAACAUAGAGCAUUGGAGGUAAUGCAGCAAAGGAUGCGAUUAAUUACCACGAAAAUAAAGGAAUUAAGGAUGUGACAAACCGAACUAAGGAGUAUUAGAUGUGAUAAAGGAGUAAGAAAUAAUGAUUGUCAACAAAAGAGUAAAGGCAUCAAUCACUAUAAAUAAACUAGUCUUAAAAGUUCACCUUCCGUGAGUUUUAUUCAUAGCCAUGAGCGCAACUUUACCACAAUGGGUCGGAAAAUAUCUUGUAGUGUGAUGACAUAGGAGAGAGUGAGUGGUGAUGAAUCAACAUGAGGCGGCAGAGAAACAACGCCUUGACGACCACCGCGAGGAGAGGAUCACGCCACACGUCGCCCCGCCCUCUAAAGGUCAGUCGAGCGGGAUACUAAUGGCCCCAAGCGUCCCCCGGGAGCUGGCAGACUCUUCCCCGCACCACUGGCUGCUGGGGAUUGUCCAGGGUCUGGCUUGAAGGCAUCCCAUCGAAAAUGCCUCCCAGGGGGAUCACCAUUAUGCUGUGAAGAUAAGCCUGAAAACUGUGGCUCGUCCUCGAGAGUUUAGGUAACAAAUGGGCGGCUGGAGACGGACACGAAGACAAGAAACGACAGGCAGGCGGAGUUUAGGAAGGACGUGAACCUGAGGCGGAGGUGAAGACAUAUUUGUUGCACUUAGAGGAGCAACGUGACGGUGUAGUGGUAAUAGUGAGUGAAGAGCAGCUUCCUCGUAAUAGGCGACGAGAACGAACAGGCAACGAACAACGCAGCCUUUGCCUCACUCGCGUCGUCCCCGUCAUGGCUUUGUGGAACAUGAGCACGGCGUCUAUUCCAGUCAUGAUUCCCGGAGUGUCUGAGAGACCCUGGGGAGAUGCGGUGCCUGGAGGCUGUGCGGAGGUUGUCAUGGAUGAAGUUAACGCUACUUGCUUCUCAGAGGACGAGGUGGCAGUCCAGUCUGAGGGCAGCAGUAACACCCAGGGACAGACCUACGCCAUCAUUGUGCCGGUAAUGAUCGGGCUGUGCGUAGCAUCGGGCCUGGUGAGCAGCGCUGUGAUGUGUGCCUGUCCGUGGGUCAAGCGGCCCAUGUCGCCCAUCGUGCGUCUCUCGCUGUCCCUAACUGCCGCGAACACAGUCUUCUCAGUCUCAUUAUCGAUCGCUGUCCUGGUCAAUUCCUACCUGCCUGCCGUGUAUGGCGUGACGGUGGGGGAAGUGUACCAUGCUGUCCUUGGAGGCGGUACGCCAUGGGCAGCAUCAUGGUACAGAUCCUCCACUUGCUGGCCGUGGCGCUCACUCACUACAUAGGCACCGUCAGGCCGCUGCACUACGCCUCUACCAUGACACCACUCGCCCUCAAACUCAUCCUCGCCUGGCUGUGGUUCGUCCCGAUGACGGGAAUGUUCGUCGCCUUCGCCAGCAUACCAGGCCAAGGCUUCCAGUCCCCUUCUUGCAGUGAGAAUUACUUUUACAUUUCGGGUAUAACGUUCCGCAUCAUAUGGGCGUUGCUGUUCUUCGGGCCCACGGUGCUGAUCAGCAUGGUGUACUGCCGCAUCUUCCACCUGCUGAACCACCGCGCUCUCUCAUUGGUGAGCGCCGAGCAGAGGAAUCAGCUCAGGAGGAACAUCAAGACUGUGCGCACCACAGCGCUCAUCGUCAGCUCAUUUGUGGUGGGGUGGGGUCCGGCUAUGGUUAAGUUCCUGUUAGUUUGUGACGAGUGUCCCAUCAAGCCGGGGAGUAUCAGUCUUACCACCAACAUAGCUCUCGGCGUCAUCGUCAACAUCAUUUUCUGCCUCAAGGUGUUCACGGACACUUUCAUCUAUGCGGUGCAGCUGCGUGACGUGCGCAGGGCUCUGCAGGCCAUGUGGCGACAGCUUAGGGAAAAGGUGACGGGGCAGCCCGCGGAGGGUCCUUCCAGGACUGUUUCAAGGAUCUCCCGUACAGCCUCCACCCGGAUCUCUCUGGGUUCCCCGGCACUGCGUAGGCUGCGUGCCUCUCUCUCCCGCUCCUCCCGGAGCUCCGCUUCCUUCAAGUCGAAUACCCCCUCCCACCCAUCCCUUCAGCUGGGCAGGACGGGCAGCCUACCUCCCUCCUCUGCGACCCACUGCAAUUCAUCUUCCUGGCCCGUCACCCUUGAGGUCUCCGUGUACACAAAUAACCACCACAAGAACGAUGUGCGUCUAACUACACUAGUGGAGGAGACACAGCUAGACCCAAUACAGGAGGACGAUCAGGAUCGCCUGUGAGUGGGAAGUGGUGCAGGGACAACACUCGCUCGCCCUGCACCAGUGCCUCUCUAGUCACCUCAACUCGUUCGCUGGACGGCGUUGGGUAGAAAAGUUAUCAAGUUUUUCUCAGACGAUGAUCUCAUUCAUUACUCUCAUUUGGUGCACUAUAUCAAAAUAGUUUAAACUUUAUCUAAGUGCAAAGCGAUAAUGGCGCUCAGUGACACCUUUUAAGAGUCCAUAAUAGAUAUUCAGUAUUACAGUGUUUUAUAAAACUUUAAAAAGAGUGCUGAAGCUCGCAAAUUUGUCGCGAGUAAAAAAUACCCACAUACUGUGUUCUUAUGAAAAGGACUGCACGAGACUGUCUGCAUAAAUGAUGCAAUUAAUAAUGCGAUUCAUAAGGUGGAAAAAUGGAAUGCUGAAAGCGGGAAAAAUGGAGCCUAGGGAGGGGGGGAAGGAGUAAAACGAUGUAAGGAAAAAAAGAAUUAAAAAAAAAAAUUUAAGAGGGUUAUCUUAGAAUGGAGGUGUGAGUCUUGGAGCCUGGGGGAGGAGUGUCUGGGAAGGAAGUGGGCGGGAGGGUGACAAGGGCGAGACAGAGAUGGAUCAGUCUUGUCCAAGAAAUGACGAAGCCGCCGCUGUCCCUCAUGAAGGUGCUGAGUUUUGGAAAGAAAUGUGAAAAGUCUAAGGCUCCUUCUCACAUUCCUUUUGGAGAAUUAUUGUUGCUUGACAAAAUGGACGUGAUAUUCGGAAACGAUGGAAAACUGGACGAUGUGUGAGUCUUCAUGUUAUUUGUUCUCAUCGUGUAUUAGUACAGGACCAGUGAAGCAGUACAAGGACCACAUGUGAUAAGAGUCUGGAACAAUUUGUACGUGAAGCAACAGUGGUGUGACUUGUAUCCUGCUCCGUGUUCUGCUUCUCGUUCACUCUCGACAGGUAUCUCGUCUUAGGCUAGCAACCCAUCUUCCUUCCUUCCACCCACGCCAAGUCAUCUGCCAUUUUCCCUCAUCUGUCGGAUUAUUGUGUCCAGCUUAAGGUCGGCCAUAAUCCAGAUGAUGGCUUAAGUGGCAAUGGUGUCCUUCCUUGGCGCUGUACCCCAAGCCUGUGUGAUAGUCGACAUGUUACUUGUGACCAAUCAAAGAACCUGCCUCACCGUAACUGCGUAUUUUGUUUUAUUAACUUCCAUUGUCCUGGUAAGGAAAUCCAAAGAAGAAUAUAAUUCAAAGAAAAUCUGUUAAGAAUAUUCCAUGCUCACAUCUUUCCGAACACAACACCCUGGCACUGAACCUCUUGAAAUGGCCCCCGGGGUGCUCUGAACACCGAGCGGUGGGCGUGGAGUAGUAGCUUGUCGGGAAAGGAUAAGGGACAGUAGUAAAGAGUGUUUUGGGCUGUUUGGUCCAACAAAGCUGCGGGACGUUAACAUGUUGUGGUAAGAAAAAAAAAAAACCUAC